AUGAUAAAUGGUCCACCUGCCACCGCAUUCCUUAACCAUUUGCCAGAGUUAGUUGGGGAUAUGACUAGUCUUAAAGGGUCGUCUCCAUUGAUGGAUGCUGCUUUAGAUUGUGAAUUGAAAUGUUAUUUUAUGCUCCCUCUUUUUGAUCCCUCUACCUCUCCGUAUUGUGUUGGUGUUAUUGAGUGUUCUGUGGAGGAUUUUGAAUUGUUUACAAUUUUCAAAGAGAUGACACAUGCACUGAAGAGUGUUGGUCUGAAGUAUACCCCGUGUCAAACACGCACACGUGAAAUUAAAGAAGCAUUAGAGAUUGUUUGUGAAUCGCCUGACUUGGCUGCUGCUCAAGUUUGGAUCCCUUAUAAGAAUCCAAGUUCUUUGGAGGGGAUUCAAACCAAUAAACAAAUGUUUGCGGUCAAAUAUACUGGCUAUUGUAGUGCUGAUUUGGAUGAUGAUCAUCUUUUGUCUGCCGUUAAGGAUUAUUAUGACACCUGCGAUACACUUCCUUUGAAAAUCAAGCAUGGAGUUGUUGGGAGGAUACUUGAAACUUAUAAGCCACACUUUUGUAUCGAUAUUUAUGAACCUUGUGCUAAUAAAGAAAUGCGGAAUAAGAAGCUAUUGGGGUUACUCCCUGCCACUAAUAAUAAAGAAAUUGGGAAUAAGAAACUAUCAGAGUUACUCCCUGCCACUGUUGAAUGCAGUUGUCUUGGGAUAUGCUUAAGGAGCAUUGACACAGGAGAUCUUGAUUAUGCCUUUGAAUUCUUAUGGCCCCGAAAACGAAACUAUAUAAUCUUACUUGAGGCACUGUUUUCAACACUAAAGAGGUGUUUGCCAAGUUUUAAGUUUGCUUCUGGCUCAAAACUUGGUGACAGGUUACGUGUUGUAGAUGUUGAGAAUUCUACAGGAAGUGGAAUGGGGUUCUUUAAUAUUCUGGAAGGUAAGAGAUUGUCACCAAUACCUAAAGCAUUGGAAGAAGCAAGGAGACAGGUGGCAGAGGAUUGCAUGGAGGUGAGAGGCAAGACAAAUCCAAUCCUAUUGCCGCAAGAGAAGGACUUGAAACAACUACAUGCUAGAAGAUUUAUGCAGAAAAGGAAGUUAAGUGACAUGUACGAUAGUCAUAGUGAAUCGAUUGCAGAUAACAAUAUGGAGGUGAGAGGCAAGAUAAAUUCAAUCCCAUUAUUGUUGCAAGAGGAGGACUUGAAACAACAACAUGCUGGAAGAUUUAUGCAGAAGAGGAAGUUAGGGACAUGUACGACAUUCAUAGUGAAUAACAGAGCAGAUGAAGAUUUCUUACUACCCUUUCAAGUAGAGUAUGCGGAUGAGGUGUUGGAGUUCCACCUCCCAACUUCAUUAGCAAUGGUUCUCGCUCUUAAGAAUCAGAUUAACGAGAGGUGGGAAUUGAAACCUGGGACUUACAAGCUCAAGUAUUUGGAUGAAGAUGGAGAUUGGAUCUUAAUGAAUUGUGAUGAACACCUAAGACAUGGCAUUAGAUGCUACAAAAAUAUAGACGGUACUCCUAUUCGGCUGCUUGUGCCACCAUUGGCACCAUAG